UCUCCUCCUGGUACUCCGCUACCGCUUUCUCAACUGCUUCGAAAAUCUCCACAGCAGCAGACUCCGUUAAACGCUCAUUUAAAAAUAAACGCAACAACUGUAGUUUAGACAUUUUUUCAGUGGAUCAGGUUGGGUAGCCUAUGCCGUAUGUAAAUUAUCUUUGGUUCAGUCAGUGUGUCUUUCUUUUGUCCACACAAGGAAUGCAAAAUCGUAAAAAAAGUCGCCCCCUACUUCCGAGGAAGGGCUAUGUUUAGCUUGAAGUCUCGCGAUAGUUCUGGUGAACGUAACAUGGCGGUGUCUUGUGUUUACGAAUUCGCAGCAUGACUUCGUGACUGCUGCUAUCCAAGUCCAGUGUGCUGCUACGUUGUUCUCGUUCGAAUACUCAAUUUCAGUAAAGAAGAGUUUCGCCUUUGCCGAAGAGGCUUUGAAACCUAAUAGAAAAACCGUAAGGCCGACCAAAGAGUGUCCCGUGCCGUGGGUGCUGUGAUGACCUCAACCAAACUGAGACAUCCACAGUGCAGGAAGAAGCACCCUAGUAGCACCUACCACACUAACGUCUGACACAGGCAGACCACCAGGGAGGCAGGAUAUACAACUCAGCACUGUGACGCCGGGGGAAAGAAGAUUUGAGAGGAAGCACUGAAGGAUAGGACGAAAUAGUGAUCGAGAGAUGUCUGGUCCGGUAGAGGGGGGUGAAAGUGGGGAUGUGGCAGGAGUUUGGCGGGAGGCAGAGGUGGAAAGUGAUCCUCCUCAAUCAGCUCCACCUCUAUCCCAGGGUGAGGGCUUGGAACUGGGGGAGAAUAAAGAAGAAGAGGCCCCUCCAGCGGCUAAGCAGCCUAGGCUCAGUGGAGAUGGGUUGGAGCUGAGUCUCAGCCUGGACCCCCCUGAUGCACAUGGAGGACCCAUAGAACAGGCAGGAUUGAGGCAGGAAGACUUGGCUGUACUGACCCAUAAUGGAGAGGCCAACCAGCCAAGUGUGAUGGAAGGAGGAGAAGAAGAUACGGCAGCUGAAGAAGUAGAAUGCCAUGAGAAUGGAGGUCCUUGUGAGGCUCAUGGCACGAGAGAGGGAGGAGAGGAGAAGGUGGAAGAGGGGGAACAGGAGAAGGUGGAAGAGGGGGAACAGGAAAGCUCAGCUGAAAGCACCAGCGAAGGACAAAACCUGGGUCUCGAUUUCAGCCAGAACCCCCAGAUGCUGACUGGUUCCUGGGCUGAGUACUCCAGCCUCCCUGAGAACUACCUCAAGGGCUGCAAAUGGGCCCCAGAUGGCUUGUGCAUCCUGACCAACAGUGCAGACAACGUGCUGCGUGUCUACAACCUCCCCCCAGAGAUCUACAGCUACAACUGGGACCUGCUCACUGAGAUGAGUCCAGUGCUGAAGAUGGCAGAGGGGGACACCAUCUAUGACUACUGCUGGUACCCCAAGAUGAGCUCCCUGGACCCUGACUCCUGCUUUAUAGCCAGCAGCAGUCGUGAUAACCCGGUCCAUAUCUGGGAUGCGUUCUACGGGGACCUGCGUGCCAGCUUCAGACCCUACAACCAUCUGGAUGAGCUGACCGCAGCCCACUCCCUCUGCUUCUCCCCAGACGGAUCACAGCUCUACUGCGGCUUCGACAAGACAGUCAGGGUGUUCUACACAGACAGGCCUGGAAGAGAUUGUGAGGAAAGGCCCACUGUAGUGAAGAAGCAGGGUCAGGGUCAGAGUGGCAUCAUCUCCUGCAUGGCGUUCAGCCCGUGCCAGUCUGUGUACGCCUGUGGCUCGUACUCCCGCACCGCAGGCCUCUACUCCUGCCAGGACGGCUCUCAGCUGGCCCUGCUGCCGCCCAGGCACCACGGGGGCAUCACACACCUCGCCUUCUCACCCGACGGACACUACCUGUACACUGGGGGUCGCAAGGACCCAGAGAUUCUGUGCUGGGACCUGAGGGACCCGGGAAAGAUUCUAUUCUCUCUGAAAAGGAAUGUGGCCACCAACCAGCGGAUCUACUUCGACCUGGACCCGUCUGGCCGGUACUUGUUGAGUGGUGACACAGAGGGGGUGGUGUCAGUGUGGGACACCCUCACAGCUCCCCCCGAUGGUAACCAGGAGCUACUGCAGCCUCAGCUCCACUUCCAGGCCCAUAGGGACUGCACCAACGGCAUCAGUGUCCACCCCUUCAUGCCGUUGCUGGUGUCAUCCAGCGGGCAGCGCCAGUUCCUCUCCCCGGGGGACAGUAGUGAUGGAGACUCCUCGGGCUCUGAGGGAGAUGUCGUGAUGUUAUCACCUACCCCAGAGGUCAGACAGGACAACGCUCUGACUGUGUGGUGGGCCGGACCACUUAGCCCAGCCAACGAGGGGGCGCAGGAGGAACCACCGCCAGUGGUGGUGAUUGAUUGAUUGUGGAGUAGCCCAUCUCAACCCCCCCCCCCCCCCCCCCCCCCCCUGGACUGAACCAAAUGUCAAACUGCCAAUAUGAGAAAAUGUAGUAGUACUUAUUCUGUUUUAAAAGUAUGGCAAUCAAUUUAUUGUCCCUUGGAUUCAGCGAAUUACAGUUUCCCCAGUCUCGAAGCCAAGGUACAAACUAUUGUGAAUGCUAACAUGCUAUUACAAUUGAAAGGUAAUGUGCUACAAUGCUAGCAGGGAGCUUACCAAUUCCAAACCUCUCAGGUUCAGAUGACCACCACAGCCAGACCAGGCCCUGUGUGUUGGAUGAGCACAGUGUUGUGUUGAAUGUACAUCAAUCUACCUUCCAAUCAUAUGUUGCUCUAGGGGAGUGUUCUGUUUACCUCGUGUUAGUCUUUUUUUUUUAUUGUUGCAAGUGCCAAGCUGGUGCCAUGGCAUCGCUAUACAUGCAUCAGUAAAUGUAUAUUUUUGUAAAGCCAUGGUGAAUAUUGUAGUUUCUGAAUGUAUUAAAAUCGGUAAGCAGUUAGCAUAAUUGCUGGGGGGGGGGUAAGUGAUUAGCAAUAUUUGUAUAGGAAGAACGGUUGUUUUUGCAAGUUCUCCAUUGCUGGUUGCGGUGUAGCCUGUCUGCAAAUCCAGGGAAACCACUAGAGGGCAAACUAACUGCUACAGGUGGAUUAUCGGUUUCACACAGAAACCACAUGCUGCAGCUGAAUUAAUGUGUUGUAUUUUGUCUCUAUAUUUAGUUGUUGUAGAAUAAGCUAUU